AGGAUUGUCCGAGCCGACCGUGAAAGCACCAGCGCAGCGGGACGCGCUCCGCUGCAGACCUGGUUACCUCUCACAGCAGGACGGACUCGAGCACAGAACCCCUCUGUGUGACGAUGGUGGAAGGUGAGACUUUCCCGGCUGAAGCUCUGCGACUCGUCUCGCCCCAAAUCAGCGACCGGGUCGCGCGGAAGCGAGCAUUUCUGAGCAACAAAGAGGCCGGAGAGAAGAGGAGGACCAUGUUCGAAGCUUCUGGGAUCCCUCUGAUCCUGCUGGACGUUACGUGUCUGAUCCUGGUUGGACUUCCUUUUUUCAUCCUGACCCCUCGACACAGCCCAUUCAAGCGGGGCUUCUUCUGCAACGAUGAGUCCAUCAAGUAUCCUCUGAGGGACGACACCAUCUCCUACCAGCUGCUGGGCGGAGUCAUGAUCCCGUUCACUCUGAUCAUUAUCGUCUGUGGCGAGUGCCUGUCUGUCUACAUGUCACGCAUCAAGAAUCAGUCGCUUGGUACCAAAUAUGUGGCGUGUGUGUACAAAGCCGUGGGCAGCUAUGUGUUCGGGGCGGCGGCCAGUCAGUCUCUGACAGACAUCGCCAAAUACUCCAUCGGCCGUCUGCGGCCACACUUCCUGGCUGUUUGCAAACCAGCCUGGGAGAAGAUCAACUGCAAAGCAGGAGGAUACGUGGACAACUUCAACUGCACUGGAGACAAGUUCCUGGUGGAUGAGGCCAGAUUGUCCUUUUUCUCUGGCCACUCUUCUUUCUCCAUGUACUGUAUGCUGUUUCUCGCGCUGUACAUCCAAGCUCGGCUGAGGUCAAAGUGGGCCCGUCUCCUGCGACCCACCAUCCAGUUCUUCCUCAUCUCCACGGCUCUGUAUGUGGGCCUGUCGCGAGUGUCGGACUAUAAACAUCACUGGAGCGACGUGCUGGCGGGCCUCCUGCAGGGGGGCGUGGUCGCCGUGCUCACGGUUUUCUGUGUCUCCAACUUCUUCGAGCAGCCGAUGGACCCGGUGGUGUCGCAGGAGGAGGAGGAGGAGGCAGAGACCUCACAUACCAGUUUGCAGGAGAACCCUUCCAAUGGGAACCACUAUGGCAGCACCCACCAAAACUGAAGCGCCAGCACCGCUGGAGGCAUUUUUUUGGCAGCAUGGAUUUAUUUUUAGGUGUAAAACUGAAUUGGCAGUUCUCGCACUUUACUUGAGUUGGUGAAGCUAUGUGGAGGAGGAGACGACCUCAGGAAACGUCACUGGUUCACAGUGCGCGCUUGUUCAAAUGUGGUAACUAGUAUAUUUUAUUUUCUGUGAUGAAUGAAUCCAGUUGGGCAGGAAUAUAAUGUGAGUCUGUUCUCCCUGCAAGCAGGCUUGUAGAGGGUCCAACAUAACUGUUUGCCUUAAAGCUUUGACGCUGCCUUCUGUCCAACCCUCUAAUCCCUCAGCUGUUGUGUGACUUAAUGUAUAUUUUGCAUUUUUGUACAGUUUUAUACGCCUUCAUGCGAACAUUGCAAAGAGUGAAAAAUAAAGCGUUU